AUGUCGCCAUAUACUCCUCGCGACCGAGCCGAAGAAUUAACCAGCCGCUCCCCGGACAGCCCAUCCGCCGCGUCCCUCGACCGCCAUAGCGGCGGCGGAAGCGUUCAUGCGGAAGAUUCCGCCGACCGCCUCAUUUUCAGCUCGCAAUGCUACGCGGAACGAUCAAGUAGUAGCAUCGAAAGCGGCGAUGGGGGAAGUCAUCGUGGAAGCGGAAGCGGCCACGGAAGCCCACGCAGUAGCAUUUUCUUGACUCAGCAGCACCGUGAUUUGCAUCGUCAGCAGCAGGGGGGGUUUCCUCCGUCUCUUGCGGCGGAACGGCGGGAUCCGCGGACGAACCGCGUCGGCGGCGGUGGUGGUCCUGUAUAUGCAGCUGAGAUUGAGUACGGCUACGAGCGUUACAGCCAUCCUGGCGCCAAGAGCGGCGCUAUUGCCGCCGCCGGCGGAAAUUACAGCCAGGUCGCUCCGCGCAGCGGCAGCGCACGCGCGAGCACGUUGGGUAGGCAGAGCUGGAGCCACGAUAACCCCGCGGCGUUUCGCGCUUCGGAAUACACCGUCGCUAGCGGGUACAGAGCCGCCCCCGCCGCCGCCGGAAGCCGCGCUCGGUACAGCAAAGCCAGUGCAGAGACGGGGUCGGCUUCCGACCUUCGUUUUGGCGCGGGAGGGGGAAUGCAAGGCGCGGGGACGCGCGGAAUGGAAUUCAACGGCAUCGUCCGGGACGAGUAUCCGACGGCUGAGCGCGGCCACGCGACGAACGACACGGAAAGUUGGUGGAGGGACGGGGACAGGUACGGAAGGGAAGCAGCCUGCGCCGCUGCGGGGAGGGAGGCCGUCAUGGGACAAGGAGGAGGAUAUCUUACUGCACAGAUUCCGGAAAACAGUAGAGAGGCUGCUAGGGUUAUGGCCUUGUUCAACGCUGCGGCAGAGGAUGACGAGGAUGUAGCACACGCAAGAGUAGAUAACAGUGAGUCAGCAGGCACAGGCCUGGCUAAAACGUCACAUCAGGCAUCAGCCAAGUCCGUGUUGGCCAUUAUGGCUGUGGUGAUUGUGGUAUUGGUCCUGCUUCCUGCUUGCUUGUCAGACGUGGCCCCGCCACCUGCGGAGCUAAUGCUGGUUCCUGUGUCGGACGCCAAUCAGCAGAACAUGAUGGACAUUGAGGCAAUGUUACAGCGCCUCAAUCCAAAUGCGGAGGAGUAUGUCCCAUCGACAGUGCAGCACAGGCCGACUGCUAUUGUUCGGACUAUUCCAUCCAGAUACGCUUCUUCCAAGAGGAAUUCCAUGCAGAAGCCGCAGAAAGUUCCUGCUUGUGCCGAACGUUGGCGACGACAGCCGAGAACGUCACAAAUUUCCACCGAAGAAUCCAUCAAGAGGACCGUUUAUGUCUCUGACAUUGAUCAGCAGGUUACAGAAGAACAACUUGCUACACUUUUCUUGUCCUGCGGUCAGGUCGUUGAUUGUCGAAUCUGUGGAGACCCCAAUUCUAUCCUUCGAUUUGCAUUUGUAGAAUUCACAAAUGAAGAAGGAGCAAAAAAAGCCCUGACUGUAGCAGGAACCAUGCUGGGUUACUACCCACUCCGCGUCUUACCUUCAAAGACUGCCAUUCUGCCAGUUAACCCCAACUAUCUGCCCAAGAGCCAGGGCGAGAAGGAAAUGUGUGCUCGCACUAUCUACUGUACAAACAUUGAUAAGAAGGUUGCUCAUUCUGAUGUGAAGCUGUUCUUUGAGUCACUCUGUGGAGAGGUUUCACGUCUUCGGUUGCUUGGAGACUCCCAGCACUCCACUAGGAUUGCCUUUGUGGAGUUCGUGAUGGCGGAGAGUGCAAUGGCUGCGUUGAAUUGCAGUGGAGCUAUAUUGGGUAGCCUGCCAAUUAGGGUCAGCCCCUCCAAGACGCCCUUGAGGCCAAAAGGGCCUCGGCACCAUCUGCGUCCUGGCCCGGCAACUCCCCACCCUCGAGUCCUUGCCGCCGCUUCCCUGCCUCUCGUCGGCCACAUGCAUCCGGAGUUCCUCACAGUGAUGGACGAGGUGAAGUCAUGGCUGCAGUACACCUUUCAGACGCAGAACCCGUUCACCAUCGCCGUCAGCGGCUCCGGCCACGCCGCCAUGGAGGCUGCGGUCGCCUCUGUGGUGGAGCCUGGCGACUUGGUGCUGGUUGGGGUGAACGGCAUCUGGGGCGAGCGCAUGACGAUCCUGGCAGCGAGGUACGGUGCUGACGUCCGGAAGAUGGAGGCGGCACCGGGGAAGGUGUUUUCCGUUGCUGACGUGGAGAAGGCUCUGGCGGAUAACCCGGGCGUGAAGGUGGUGGUGUUUGUGGUGCAUGGCGAGUCCAGCACGGGCACGCUGCAGCCUCUGGAAGGACUGGGGGAGCUCUGCCACAAGAACGGCGCACUGCUGUUUGUAGACGCUGUGUGCACACUCGGAGGGAUCCCUCUGCACGUGGACGCAUGGGGAGUGGACGUCAUUUACAGCGGCUCCCAGAAGUGCUUGUCUGCGCCUGUUGCCCCGUCACCCCUCUCUCUCAGCGAGAGAGCCCGUGCAAAGCUAGCCAACCGUGCCACUCCUGUCCAGUCCUACUACUUCGAUAUGAACCUGGUUGGGGAGUAUUGGGGAGUGGAUGGCGAACCCCGCAAGUACCACCACACAGGCCUGGUGACAAAUGUUAACGCCAUGAGGGAAGCACUUGCCAUGCUGGCCGAGGAGGGUCUGGAGAAUGUGUGGCAGCGCCAUCGCAGCCAGGCCGAGCUGCUGUGGGCAGGGCUGGAAGAGUUGGGACUGGAGUUGUUUGUGGAGGACCACGAUUCUCGCCUGCCCACUGUGACAACAGUGAAGGUUCCUGAAGGAGUGGAGUGGACUAAAGUCACAGGCCAUCUGAUGUCGAAGUUCAACUUGGAAAUAGCGGGAGGACUUGGUCCGACUGCUGGCAAGGUGUGGCGAAUUGGUCUCAUGGGGAGCAAUGCCCGCCCCGCAAAUGUAGCUCUACUUUUGGAGGCUCUGAAGGAUGCACUUGAACAUGCAGGGUUCACUCCCAAGAAGGCGACUGCUUAG